ACACUUAUUAAACGUCUUCUUUUCCCAACCGAAUCGACCAUGAAGAAAAUUUGACUGCUCGGAUCCUCAGGGUCUGUUACUUGCCAGUAUACUUUGUCUGACCUUUACACUCAUUUGCUCACUGCAGAACUUGUUUCUUGCUUGACCAGCUAUGCUAACGCCAUGGCAAUAGAUUUCCAGAUGCCUCGACAUCUUGCUAUCCCAUUUCGAUUCACGACUAACCCUGCAGCUACGACAAUCGUCCCUGAUCAUCGUAUGGUAAGUCUCUUUUCAAUAUACAUAUUACAAUGCUUCAACAUGUGUUUUCAUGAUGAAAUUUCCAUCACUAUUCGCAGUUUCCACUCGAGUUCCGAUGAGCCUUUUUCUGGAACAGAUGAGGGUUAUUACUUCCUUGGAUGUCUGAUUAAACACCUACUUUUUUUUCUCUUUUUUUCCUUAUCGCAAUGUUGGUUUAUCAUGGACUAGCUGAGCCUCAAGCUAACAUUUGCAAAGUUGAACAGGGAUUCCAGAGCUUAUCCGCUCAUCGUAGACAUUCU